AGUAAACACAUUGAUUCACGUAGAGAUCACUGCAACCUGGCACCUUUCCCGACACGAGCGCGGCAGCAGAGUGUGGACUGGUACCGGAUCGAGUCCCAUCGCGUUUCACCCAACGACUGGAAGCGUUUCAGGAGCGAAUCGCCCCCAGGAUGAGGUGGCGUAUGUGCCGUCGCUCCAGGACAAUCUGUCUGUCCUUGGCCUUCACCACCAUUUCCCUCCACCUCCUGCUGGUGCUCCUCUCUCUCUCUACCUUCCACCAGAGCUGUGAGGCGCCGCCGCCCAGGACGCACGUGCUGCGAGAGCUGGCGCCGCUCAACCUCACCUCCGCGGGGGGCGGGGGGCGCGCCGGGCGCGCCGGGCGACGCUCUUCCACCGAAGGUGCCAACGGCGUCGCGUGGACGGCGGCUGCCUCGCUCAGCGCGGCAGGUGGCGCGGGCCGCGUGGAGGCUGGCUCGGCCAAGCUGGAGGCGCUGUUUGACCAUCCUCUCUACACCAUGUCCAACAGCGCUGUCCCUGAGGAGGACUGGCUGCUCAAAGUCAAACCCAAGCUCAGGUCCAGUGAGAAAAGCUCCCAGAGGUGGGUGAGCGCGAGCCGUGAGGGUUAUGAGGACGUGCAGUGGAACAGCAGCAGCGACAGCCAGCCUCCCUGGCUGCGCUUCCACCUGGGCAUCUCCCGCUGGCAGCUCUACCCCCACCGCGACCCCAACAUGGCGGCUCUGAGCCAGCAGCUCGCCACGCAGCGCGUCGUCAGUGCAGUGCAGAAGUCUGGGGGGACGCAGCUGAAGCUGGUGAUGUCAUUUCCCAACUAUGGACAAGCGCUGGUGAAACCCAUGAAGCAGGAGAGAGACGAGGAGACCAGCUACAACCUCUACUACUUCUCUGACUUUGAGAGGCACAACGCAGAAAUCGCAGCUUUUCACCUGGACAGGAUUCUGGGCUACAGGAGGAUCCCCCCUGUGGUGGGGAGGCUGGUGGACGUGGUCAAAGAGAUCAAGGACAUUACUACCGAUCGCAAGCUGGCCCGAACCUUCUUCACCUCCCCUGUGGGCAACGUGUGCUUCUACGGCCAGUGCUCCUACUACUGCUCCACGGAGCACGCGGUGUGCGGCCGCCCCCGGAAGCUGGAGGCCUCGGCGGCCGUCAUGCUGCCCGACCUCUCCCUGGUGACGCGCAGGACGUGGAGGUCCCCGUGGAGACGCUCGUACAGCCGCAGCAAGCUGGCAAAGUCUGUACUUCACACCAGCACAGCCCAAAAGCACAACACGCUUCUGUAUGAAAACACACAUGCCUGAUGUAAUUUCCCAUCAGAGGACAGGUGGGAGACGGAUCCAAACUACUGCUCAACGGUGAAGGCUACUCCGCCGUACGACAAAGGCACCAGGCUGGUGGACUUCAUGGACAUGGUGAUACUGGACUUCCUCAUGAGU